CCACACUUUAUUCAAUCCAAAAACCCCAAACAAUCAAACAUGCUUCGUAACAUCGGUGACGCUUUCUACAGAACCUUCGAGGGACCCAAGAACGGACAGGUUCAAAUCGAUGAUGAUUCAAUCAACAAGGAGGCCAGCGUCCAAAAGGUUGGUACUGAUGAAAUGACCGAAAAGAUCAAGGCCCAGGGAAACACUGGAUCAGCUGGAACAAUGUCUGACAAGGCACAGAAAGAUACCGAGAAUCGAUCCGAUCGCUUUGACACAAAGCAGCCCGUACAAUAAUAAUCUCUCGCCAAACCAAACCAACAACCUUUCUUCCUUUCAAUAACUCACCCUUACCCUUUCUUCUUUGUGUAAAUACAAUUAAAAUAUGUGUAUAUUAGUGCACAUAAAUUAUCUUCAAAAGCAUUUCGUUUAAAGAAAUGUUUGUAAAAUAAUAAUAAUAAAUAAACAAACUCCAAAAAACAAAUGUCUGAUAAUC